AUGGAUGAACCGCUGUGUUGGUAUCAGGAUGGGGAAGCCCUUAUGCUUGGUCCCGAAUUUCUGCAGCAAACAACUGGAAAAGUUAAAUUAAUCCAGGAUCGAAUGAGAGCCACACAGAGUCGGCAGAAGUCCUAUGCUGAUAAAAGAAGGCGGCCAUUGGAGUUUGAUGAAGGUGAUCAUGUGUUUCUACGGGUUACCCCAACCACAGGAGUUGGGAGGAUUCUUAAAUCGAGGAAGUUGACUCCGAGGUUUAUAGGACCCUACCAGAUUACGCGGAGAAUUGGGCCGGCGGCCUACGAAAUUGCCUUGCCACCUCAUCUAGUGAACUUGCACAAUGUAUUUCAUGUUUCUCAGUUGAGGAAAUACGUUGCAAGUCCAGACCAUGUACUAGAGGCUGAUGAUGUACAAGUGCGGGAAGAUUUGACCAUACCAGCUGGACCGGUUCGCAUCCUUGACUCUCAAGUUAAACAUUUGAGGGGUAAGGAGAUAAAGACAAUGAAGGUGCUCUGGGACGAGGGGACUCAGGAGAUGACCUGGGAGAUGGAGGAUCGCAUGAGGUUAUCCUAUCCACAUCUAUUUUCUGGUAAGACCCGGGAAAAAUUAAAUAAUUAA